CUUUAAAUACUCCUCGAAUUCCUUCGUCAAAUCAUCACACCAAACCGAACGUCUUAAACUACUCUCACGAUGACUCGCGUUCUACUCACUGGAGGAAGCGGGUUCAUUGCCGCACACACUCUGGACAUCCUCUUGGAGCGUGGCCACUCUGUGGUUACCACAGUCCGCACACAAGAAAAGGCCGAUAAGAUCAAGGAGCAAUACAAUGGAAAGUACGCGGACAAGUUGAGCUUCGCCAUUGUUCCCGAUAUUGCGCAGCCAGGUGCUUUCGACGAGGCUGUUAAGUCAGACCCUCCAUUUGAGGCCGUCCUGCACACAGCUAGCCCGUUCCACUUCAACGUCACCGACGUUCGCAAGGACCUGAUUGACCCAGCAGUCGUUGGAACAACUGGCAUCCUUAAGUCUAUUAAGAAGAGCGCACCAUCAGUAAAGCAUGUCGUCAUCACAUCCUCGUUCGCCGCCAUCAUACAAGCCGACAAGGGCUUCUGGCCCGGCCACGAGUACUCGGAGGCCGACUGGAACCCGAUCACCUUUGAGCAGGCGACCGAGAGCCCCAUGUUGGGCUACCGAGCAAGUAAGACCUUCGCUGAGAAGGCGGCUUGGGAGUUCCUCGAGAAGGAGAAGCCCAACUUUACCAUCUCCACUAUCAACCCGCCGAUGGUCUUCGGACCCAUUGUCCACGCCCUCGACAGCCUCGACAACCUGAACACAUCGAACGAGCGCAUCCGCAACACUGUGCAGGGCAAGUUCAAGGACGAAAUCCCCCCUUCAGGCGUGCACUUCUGGGUCGAUGUACGUGACGUCGCAGAGGCUCAUGUCAACGCGUUCGAGAAGCCAGAAGCCGCGAACAAGCGAUUUUUCGUUACCGCUGGCUACUUCUCGAACAAGGAGAUCACACAGAUCAUCAAGAAGAACUUCCCACAGUACAAGGACCUGCCGAGUGACUCGACACCUGGCGGGGACUACCCUGAGGGCACACCGGACAAGGGUCUCUACACAUACAACAACAAGCGCUCAAUCGAGAUCCUGGGGUUGAAGUACAAGCCUCUGGAGCAGUCUAUUGUUGACUCGGUGAAGUCGUUCCAGGCAAAGGGCUUGUAGUUGUUACACAAGGGACGUCGUC